GGGGAAUGCAACUUUGUAAAUAAAGUGUGAUUUUUAAAUUAUCAAAAAUCCGUUAAUUUUUAUUGAGACAAAAAUUAAAUUAUUCAUGGAAUAUCUUAAAUGUUCUAUCGUAUGAUGUUGUCGCGAUGUAUGUAGCAUUUUGUGAAAUGUCCACACUCAUUACUUUACUAUCGUGUGUAAUUGUCUUUAACGGCUGCCAGGUUUUAGACCAAAACUGUAACGAAAAAUUUGAAUAUUUAAUCUUGCCCCGCAUUGCACGUUCUUUUGUUUUGAUUUCAUUAAGAUUUUAAAAUAAUUAAAUUAAUAAGGAAUUAUGGGCAAACCAAAGAACUUUUAUAUCCGAUAUAAGCUACUGGAACUAGAGAAUUACGUUAAUCACCCAGAGUCGUGUGUUAAGAAGGUACAUAAAGUUGAGAAGCUAAUCUUUGGCUCGAAUGUUGUUAAUAAUUUUAAAGAAUCAAUUUUGAGGAUAUUGAGUAGAAAGAUUGGAAAGUAUGACAGAAAUUUGGAUGGAGUAGUGCUGGAUUUUAGGAAUACAAAGAUUCUAAAUAUGCAAACAGGCAUAAGAUAUGACAGUUCAUAUUCAGUCAUUAACAUUGAGACAAACUUCUAUAUAUUCGCACCAAGAAAGGACGUUAUAGUUGAUGGAAUCGUUAAGCACAUAAAUAUCCAGAAAAUGGAAACAAUCAUUUCUGUUGUAAUCUACAGGGUCUUUAAUGUUAAAGUAACAUUCAAAGGAUGCAUUAAGAAGAAUGACGUUCACCAUAAUAAAGAAAUUAAGAUCAGAAUAAAAGAGUUUCAUUUUGAUAAUGAAAUUCCAUACAUUGAAGCCGAAAUGGUUGGAAUCGCCACAAUGAGCAAUACGAGAAAAGUUUUUGACGAUCUUCCUGAUAGUGGAAUCAGUGAAAGUAGCAUACAUAAUGAGCUUAGAGAAAACGACAGCGAUAGCGAUAAUAAAAGUGAAAAGUAUGAUCUAGAUCAAAGCAGAAUCAAGAUAAAGCAAGAAAGAGAAUCAAGCACUGAACCAUCUACAUCUAUUACCUCAUCUAAAAGACAUGCAAAAAGGAAGAUUGAGGAUAGUUAUGAUUUACCGCCAUUAAAGAAAAUAAAACAAGAAAAAUUAUUUGAUGACGAUUCUUUACAAAAUCACAUUACCACAAAGCAUAAUGAUAGUGAAACUGACUUUAAUGGCAGUGCCAAAAAAGAAAAGAAGACGAAAAAUCACGCAGAAGGGGAUAUGAGUUUAAGCAGUUCUUUCAACGAUUUCAAUUCUUCAGCAUGUACUGACAAAUUAACAACAAAAAAGAAGAAGAAAAAGAAGCGCAAUGCUGAAGACGAUUUUGAAUCUUCCCUACAAAUGCUCCUAGACGCAUCAAUCACAAUCAAACAGGAGAAAGUAUGAAUAUUAAUAGAAAUUUUAAAGAUGAACUAUUUUUUUUGAAAUAAAAGUUUUAAUCAAAAAUUGAA